CGAGGCCCAGAGCCGCUCGGAGCCGCCUCGGUCGUGGUAAUCCUGUACUGCCGAUCAUGUCUCUGAGGCGCAGCCUCUCGCUUCUCCUCCGGAUGCCAAUGCAUUCGGUCCUGAAGAAGUCCGUCCACUCUGUGGCAGUGAUCGGAGCCCCAUUCUCUCAGGGACAGAAAAGAAAAGGAGUGGAACAUGGUCCAGCUGCUGUUCGGGAAGCUGGCUUGCUAAAAAGGCUCUCCAGUUUGGGCUGCCACCUGAAAGACUUUGGAGAUUUGAGUUUUACUCCAGUUCCCAAAGAUGAUCUCUACAACAACCUGAUAGUGAAUCCACGCUCGGUGGGCCUUGCCAAUCAGGAACUGGCUGAGGUGGUUAGUAGAGCCGUGUCAAGUGGCUACAGCUGUGUCACUGUAGGAGGAGACCACAGCCUGGCAAUUGGUACCAUUAGUGGCCACGCCCGGCACUGCCCAGAUCUCUGUGUCAUCUGGGUUGAUGCCCAUGCUGACAUCAAUACACCUCUCACCACCUCAUCAGGAAAUCUCCAUGGACAGCCUGUUUCAUUUCUUCUCAGAGAACUACAGGACAAGGUACCACAACUCCCAGGAUUUUCCUGGAUCAAACCAUGUAUCUCUUCGCCAAGUAUUGUAUACAUUGGGCUAAGAGAUGUGGACCCUCCUGAACAUUUUAUUUUGAAGAACUAUGAUAUCCAGUAUUUUUCCAUGAGAGACAUUGAUCGACUUGGUAUCCAGAAGGUCAUGGAACAGACAUUUGAUCUGCUGAUUGGCAAAAGACAAAGACCAAUCCAUCUGAGUUUUGACAUUGAUGCAUUUGACCCUACACUGGCUCCAGCCACAGGAACCCCUGUUGUAGGGGGACUUACCUACAGAGAAGGCAUGUACAUUACUGAAGAAAUACACAACACAGGAUUGCUGUCAGCACUGGAUCUUGUUGAAGUCAAUCCUCGGUUAGCCACUUCGGAGGAAGAGGCAAAGGCUACAGCUAGCCUGGCAGUAGAUGUGAUUGCUUCAAGUUUUGGUCAGACAAGAGAAGGCAGUCACAUUGUCUAUGGCCAACUUCCUACUCCUAGUUCACCAGAUGAAUCGGAAAACGAAGAACGUGUGAGAAUUUAGGAAAUACUGUGCACUGGCACGUUUCACAAUGGGCAUUCCAGAGUUGCGAAGCACUUAAGGGGACAUAUAUUAAAUGGUUGUUUGGGUCAAUAUUGCCUUAAUGAGAACAUCUGUGCAUUCUGAUAACUUCCUCUCCAUUUUGGUGACCAAAAAUGCUACUGUAAAUGUAUUUGGUUUUUUGAAGUUCACAAGGUAUUGUUAUGGUAUGUAAAUUUGAAGACGUCAUAAACAGCAUUUAUUACCUUGGUAUAUCAUA